GCGCUGAGCCGCGCGAGGAGAUGCGACAGGGCGCCGCGCCGCCGGCACCAUGCGCCCCCCGCCCGCGCUGGCCCUGGCCUCGCUUUGCCUGCUGGCGCUGCCCGCCGCCGCCGCCGCUGCCUACUUCGGCCUGACUGGGCGGGAGGUCCUGACGCCCUUCCCAGGGCUGGGCACCGCCGAGGCCCCCGCACAGGGUGGGGCCCACCUGAAGCAGUGUGACCUGCUGAAGCUGUCCCGGCGGCAGAAGCAGCUCUGCCGGAGGGAGCCUGGCCUGGCCGAGACCCUGCAGGAUGCUGCCCACCUCAGCCUGCUCGAGUGCCAGUUCCAGUUCCGACACGAGCGCUGGAACUGCAGCCUGGAGGGGAGGACGGGCCUGCUCAAGAGAGGUUUCAAGGAGACGGCCUUCCUGUACGCAGUGUCCUCGGCCGCCCUCACCCACACCCUGGCCCGGGCCUGCAGCGCCGGCCGCAUGGAGCGCUGCACCUGUGACGACUCUCCGGGCCUGGAGAGCCGGCAGGCCUGGCAGUGGGGCGUGUGCGGUGACAACCUCAAGUACAGCACCAAGUUCCUGAGCAACUUCCUGGGGCCCAAGAGAGGAAGCAAAGACCUGCGGGCCCGGGCGGAUGCUCACAACACCCACGUGGGCAUCAAGGCCGUGAAGAGUGGCCUCAGGACCACGUGUAAGUGCCACGGCGUGUCAGGUUCCUGCGCCGUGCGCACCUGCUGGAAGCAGCUCUCCCCCUUCCGCGAGACGGGACAGGCACUCAAGCUGCGCUAUGACUCUGCCGUCAAGGUGUCCAGCGCCACCAACGAGGCCUUGGGCCGCCUGCAGCUGUGGGCCCCCGCCCGGCCGGGCAGCCCCACCAAGGGCCUGGCCCCGCGGCCCGGGGACCUGGUCUACAUGGAAGACUCGCCCAGUUUCUGCCGGCCCAGCAAGUACUCGCCAGGCACAGCGGGCCGGGUGUGUUCGCGGGAGGCCAGCUGCAGCAGCCUGUGCUGCGGGCGGGGCUACGACACCCAGAGCCGCCUGGUGGCCUUCUCCUGCCACUGCCAGGUGCAGUGGUGUUGCUACGUGGAAUGCCAGCAGUGCGUGCGGGAGGAGCUGAUAUACACCUGCAAGCACUAGGUCCGCUGCCCGGGGUGCCCGGGGGUGCUGCCAGGACCCCACUGGGCGCUCGGCCACUGUGAGCAACCUCCCCAGGCAGGGACACAGGGCAGGCAGGCACUCCCUGAGGCACGUGCCCUUGCGCACGCCUCCUCUCUCGGCCGGGCUCAGCCACCUUUCCCUCCCUCGACACUCCAAGGAGAGAGGCUCUGGGGGGAGGGAGGACACCAGCACGGAGGGCCCCCAGCCUUUUCGGAGCAGGAGCGCUGAGUUGGAAAGAGGUGUGGGGCGGAAUAAGGGAGACCAAGAAGAGGCUAGGGUGGAGGUUUUUUAAGAGGGGCGACAUCCUGCUCUCUCCAUUCCUCUGGUGAGUGGCCUAGAGCCAACAAGAGGUUGGAAGGUGAGCUUCUGGGCCAGCAGGGCAUGGGGAGGCAGUGUCAGCUGGAGCCUGACCGGGAUGGGUCCUCCUGGCCUUGCUCAGGUCACAGUGAGCCCUGGGGGCCAUGCAGCUCUACCCCCAGGGGGCUUUGCCACGUUAGAGGCUGGGGGGAGAGGCAGGGAGGGAGGGGCUGUUUGUUCGCCCGAAGAAAGCCAGAUACAGGCCCCAGGGCCCCUUGUCCUUGACUUGGCUUUUAAAAUGCUCACCGAGGUCUCAUUCUUGCCUGGAGAGCUGAGUUGUCCUCGCCCACCCAGCCUUGCUCAGUAAGAGCCCUAGUGGAUGUGAGGCUGGUGGGGUCGCACAGUCCCUGGGUGGGUGCAGCUAGCGCACCGAGGCUGGACAGAGGGACAGUGACCCUUCCCCUGUGUUCCGGCUGGGGAAACUUUAGUCCCAGCCCAGGAGAGGGUGACAGCCUUUGGUCUGAGGCAGAGACGCAGAGAGCUCAGUCUCUCAGCCUCCCCCUAAGCCCGGUUUGGUUCACUGCCUAUGGCAGCGGUCCUCCUGUGCCGUGAGGCCCCAACACAGCUGACAUCCGUGACCCAGAAGAGUUCUGACUCUGCGUAACAUUGCCAUUCUGCUAGCUACUCAUCUAAUUAAGCUUUUGCCCUGGAGUUACAGGCGCGGGAACGUCUUGGCUAAGCCUGGUUCCUUGGGGGCCCCCUUCACUCACGGAUGGCCCCCACUCUGGCUCUUACCUGAGGAAUAGAAGCGACUUUGCUAAUUUCCUCUGAUCCUGUGGACAUUUCCAGUGCUACCCACCAAGGUCCUGUGUGGGAGGAGGAGAGAGUAACUGGUACAUACACCCAGGUAUACAUGCACGAGUGUGCGGGAGUAUGUAGGAACACACGCACACACACACGCGCGCGCGCGUGCGCACACACAGACCCCUUGGACCUGCCAGGCUGGAGGGUUCCCAUUUAGCAGCACACACUCUCUGGUUCAGAACCAGGACCUUGCAGGGGUCACUCCGCUGGAAGCUGAGUGCUUCCCCAGAGCAGGGCCUAGGGCCAGCUGGGAGGAAGUGACCUCCUUCGGGAAGCCCUUGACCGCUUCGCUGGCCCUGCCGUGCCCUCUGUCAGCUUCCUUUCUCCCUGAACCCGGAGUUGCUGACCCUCCGCUGAACAGAAACUUCAGAAUCAGCCCAAGGCUCAGAAACCACCAGUGGGAGCCCAGAAAGAAGGCCCGGGGUCUCUGGGACCUCCCGGGCUGAGAAGCUUCCCUGGCUUUGGGGGGUCAGGGCAGCCUGUGGGACACUGGAAGGAUCUCUGGCUGCAGAGAUUCUGAGGAGAAGCCAAACUUACCAGAGACCCCCCUCACUAGACUGACCUCUCUGGCCCAGGCAGCCGGCCCACCUCUUAUCAAGAAGAGCAAAAAGGAGAGCGGGCUGGUUUUCUAGGUUCUUCUACUCCCCCCACUACGUGGAGACUGUUUCUUGGCCAGUCCAAUCCAUCUUGUUCCUCUGAGACCCCAGCUCUCGGCAUAAGGCCCCAGAGGGCUCCCAGACAAGAAGAAGGGGCCUGAUCCACCAACUGACCAUCCGCACCCCAACCCCCCUGCUGGCUGGGGUUGCAGGAGGAUAAAGGCAGACUCUGAGGGACCAAGGAUGAAGCUGGCCUCCAACGCUGACGAACUAGGCCAAUAGCACGGGUGUGGGCUCUGAGGGCCCCUCGGCAUGUGGGGGAAGCCCCCCAUCUAGCCCUCUGUCUCUUCCAGCCCUUUUUUCUCCACCCCUUUCUCUUCUGGGUGCCCCCAAGGUCCACCUCAGCCCUGCGGGGGCCCCUCAUUCUACAGCUUUAAGGGAAAUGCUCACAGGGUAUUUUUUUUUUUUUUGUCUACCUCACAUAUGUAGUUUUUAGGGCAAAAGAGAAUAAUUUAUAUAGCUAAGAUAUAUGAGAAAAUAUUUAUGUAUAAUAUUUAUAUAAUUUCUAUAUUUCAUGGGCAGCACCUGUAGGGGUUGUGUGUGCUGUCAGAAACCGUCCGUCUGGGGAGACACCGCUCGACUGGACAGGGGCUACCUCUGAGCUGUUCCCAGGGGGCUGGGGUGUCUAGGAGUUUCCUGCAAGCAGCCUGUCUUGGCGCCGGUCAAAACGCAUCCCCUCUGUGCGUGAGCCCUGGUGGGCUUGGUCUGGAUCUUCCUUGUGGAGGUUUUGUAAAUUCUCUGUUCUUUUGGGUCCCAGGCCCCUCUUCUGCUCCAGUGACACUGUCCUGCUCAGAAUAACAAUGACACUUUGCAUUUGUAAAGCACUUCCGGUUUUCAGAAACACUGUUGUCCUUUUAAUCCCGCUUGAUUUCCCCCGUAAUCCCGAAUUGUAUGGAGUGGGGAGAGGGGGCUCAUACUGUACAGGGUUUAGAACUGGAGGGCUGUGCCCAACGUCACACUGAGGACGUCCGUUCAACAAGUAUUUACUAAAACUCUGCGUGGGUCCGGCACUGUGGGAGCUGACUUGCCUAAGAGCCCCAAAGCCUGGAGACACGUUGAGCCCAAGAGCCCAAGGAAAUAGCUGCUUCUUCAGUUGUGUGUGACCUUGGCCUUUCGGAUCUGGACACACAUCAGCCUCUCUCCAAAUGGAGGCAAGGACCCCAGGGGCUGCUCGAGAGGAUUGGGCCACAUCAUAGGGCCCCUCCUGGGCCGGAGAUGGGUUUUACUUGCUCUCAUUUGUGGUUUUCUCUUAAAAAUGAAUUGUUUUCCAUUGGAUUUUGGGCUUGCCUUGUGAAAUCAGUCGUGCUGGCCAGUGGGAUCUGCAUUCUUACCUGGUCACAGUCAGCAACAGGGAGGGAGCCCUAGGAGAGAAGCCGCAUGGGGGGGGUGGUUCCCAGUUUGCCCAGUACCCCCCCACCUCAGUCCACUUCAUUCAUGGAUGUUCCUGCCUGGCUCCUGUGGGCACAUGGUCUCCCUCCCCCUGUCCAGAUCAGCCCCGCAUCCCUGUGUCUUUCAUUGCCUGGCAGGCCCACAGGCAGACCCAUGCCAGCCCCAAAGAUUAUUUCUUGUUUUCCAGAGUUUUCUCUCUCAACAACCAUGAACUUCACGUGCUUUUUGUCUCAGCACAUUUUGGAAUUCUAGUGGGAGCUCUCGUAUACGGAGCACACAUGACGUCCAUCCGCUCAAUCAGCAAUCACGUGGGGGAGCCCUGGAUGAGCUCCAGGCACCUCUGUGCACUGGGGCAUAGCAGCGAGUGAAACCAAGUCCCUGCCUCAUGGGGCUGACAUUCUACGGGGGGAGAGAGACAAUAAACUCCA